UCCAAGCCUCACGUCAUGGAAAGAGUUACUUUGUUGCAGCGCGCACGGGAGUAAACCCAGAGAAAUGGCCCUGACCCGUGCUGUGUGUUGAUAUUUUGUAGGAGGACAUUGUGUGCUGCCGGAUUCUGCUUUUUUUUCUCACAUUCAAAGGAUCGAGUGAAGAUGCGCAGGAACCUGUUUACAAGGAAAACGCAGCAAGUUUCAGUCUGAGGGAAUGCGGUCUUAAACUGCACAGGGAUACCAUUACUCAUCCCUCUGUUUUUCUUCCCGGCAGGCCACUUUGUCUUGGAAAUAUCUUCAUCGAGGAUCGUUUUUUAUUAAGAAUCAAGUGUCUGUUAAGUGAUCAACGCCAGGUUACUGUGCAAUUUUCAGAGGAUUAAAAACCACCGUCGCUGCUUUUGGAGGAGCUCGUUGGCGUAAACACUUUUGUUUUUGAACCUGUUUUUGUUUUAUGAUGUGAAAGGAGGUAAAGAGUUUGUUAUGAGAGAGAGUUGUUGUGUUGUAGAGCCUUUAUAGCCGAAAGUUAUUGUUAGACUGUUAGGCAUAAUAGAUAAUAAGACAAUAGAGCGACAGUCUCAAUGGGCUGAGGAUGCUAGUGGUCACAGUAGGCAUAUCUUAGACUUUUUCUGUUGGCUGAUAGGAGUAUUAGGUUUGCGCAACUGUUGACUUCUUCUGUGUUUACUAAGUGUCAGAUCAUUAAAUUUACAUCCUGCGCUGUUGCACACCUCAUCCCACAGCUGCCAUGUCAUUUGAGAUGAGUUUAAAUAUUACAGUGAGCUAGUGUCAGAUGUUUCCAGUACAGCAUGCAUCAAGACAGUAGCAUCAGUAUAAUCUAGGCACUAUGGGUAUGUAGAAUUUGUUGCUUUAGGACCCACUGGAGUAUCAAGAUGUCAGUGAAAGCCAAAGCAAUCUACACUUUUCAAAGUGAAAACAAAGAGGAGAUCAGCAUCCAGGAGAAUGAGGAACUGGUUAUCUUCGACGAGAACUCAGUGGACGGCUGGUUCCAGGGGGAGAACAGCCGAGGGGAGAGGGGUCUCUUCCCUGCAUCCUAUGUGGAAAUUAUUCGCACUCGCUCAAACUCCAACGUGACUGACUGCUCCAUAAGCCCGGCAGGAUCUUUAGGAAAUGACUCCUCCUAUUUCCCCUCAACCCCAAACACCCCUCUUCAUUUGCAACAGGGUUACUAUGACGACGACGACGAUGACUGGGACGACUGGGAUGACAGAUCCACAGUGGUGGACGAUGGCGACCACACUAGGAGCCCCGGGGCCAAUGGACAUGCCCAUCAGAGCCCGUUGUCAAACAACCCCAAUGUGCACUACCGGAGCAAACCACACAUGGAGAGACAGGACAGCAUCUCCAGCUCGAGGAAAGGCAGUAUGGUGGGCAGGAACUUGAACAGAUUUUCCAGCUUUGUCCGUUCAGGGGUCGAAGCGUUUGUGUUGGGGGAUGUACCCAUGAUGGCAAAGAUAGCUGAGUCAUACACCAUUGAGAUGGGUCCCAUGGGGCCCCUGUGGAAGGAUAGCCCACAGCCUUUCUCCUGCUCCAUUGAAGACCCCACUAAGCAGACAAAGUUCAAGGGCAUCAAGACGUACAUUUCGUACCGGGUGACGCCGAGCCACACAGGGCGUCCUGUCUACAGGCGCUACAAACACUUUGACUGGCUGUACAACCGCUUACUGCACAAGUUCACUGUGAUCUCCGUGCCUCACUUGCCUGAGAAGCAGGCCACGGGGCGAUUUGAGGAAGAUUUCAUUGAGAAGCGUAAGAGGCGACUGAUACUGUGGAUGAACCACAUGACCAGUCACCCAGUCCUCUCCCAGUAUGAAGGCUUCGAGCACUUUCUGAUGUGUGCUGAUGACAAACAGUGGAAACUGGGCAAGAGACGGGCUGAGAAGGACGAAAUGGUGGGUGCCCAUUUCAUGCUGACCCUCCAGAUCCCUAACGAGCACCAGGACCUUCAGGAUGUAGAGGAGCGGAUCGACUCCUUCAAAUCCUUUGCUAAGAAAAUGGAUGACAGCGUGAUGCAACUCACACAUGUUGCUUCGGAGCUGGUUCGUAAGCACCUGGGUGGGUUCAGGAAGGAGUUCCAGCGGCUGGGAAAUGCCUUCCAGUCUAUCAGCCAGGCGUUCGCGCUGGAGCCUCCUCACAGCUCAGAGACCUUCAACAACGCCAUCUCCCAUACAGGCCGCACCUAUGAGAACAUUGGAGAGAUGUUCGCAGAGCAACCUAAGUAUGACCUCUUCCAUAUGCUGGACAAGCUGUCGCUCUACCAAGGCCUGCUCGCCAACUUCCCCGACAUUAUUCAUCUACAGAAAGGUGCCUUUGCCAAGGUGAAGGAGAGCCAGCGGAUGAGCGACGAGGGGAAGAUGGAUCAGGACGAGGCCGACGGCAUUAGGAAACGUUGCCGAACGGUUGGGUUUGCCCUCCAGGCAGAGAUGAGCUACUUCCAUCAGCGGCGAGAGGUGGACUUCAAAGACAUGAUGCAGGCCUACCUCAGGGAGCAGAUAGCCUUUUACCAGCGUGUUGUCCAGCAACUGGAGCGCACCCUGCGUAUGUACGACUGUCUGUAAAGAUACCAAACUGCUGCCUGGUUCAAGAUGCCAAAAAACAGCCAAGAGAAUGAGAGGAAGAUCCAAGUCUUGACUCUUUUAUCAAGGCGUUUUGUGAUGGUCACGUUUGAUUCAGUUUGAAAGGACUUGUGAGAUGAAGCAGUAGUUACUGGAAAGACAUACAAAGCCAGUUAGUCUUUCACUUUGAUGGAUUCAAAGUCACAUGUUUUUUUAUUUUAAAGACCUACUGUACCGUUUAUCUCUGAAAUACACAUCACACAUAGGCAAUGUCACAGCAUAUUGUUUAUUUUACAUAAUUUAAGGUGUUUGUAACAUUAAAAUAAGAAUAUAGGUUUCAAAAUCAUAGCGGAUCUAUUAGUUGAUUGUUAUUUAGUGUAACACGCCAUGAAACGGGUUCUGUUUUUAAAAUUGUCCCCUUCUCUCCAUCAUUAUGCACUUUGGCUUCUGCUGGGACUGAUUUAUGUUGCUUCCAAAAUGUACAUUUAUACACAAAAAAAACCAUAAUAUUCUGGUUAAUUUACCAACAUCUCAUAAACAUUCCAGGUGAUUUUUCUCAUCAGACCAUGAUAAGACCAAACAAGUGCACUGUAUGCUAAAGUGGAAAGUCACCAUCAUCCUGUUGAGUGCUCAUCUUGCUCGGGUGGUCACUGCUUCGAAAGUCACGUCAGUUUCCCUGAUGUCUCUUAGUAUGAGUCACAGAUGUCUGCCUUAACUUUGCACCGUGUGGAAGACUCACUAAUAACUAUGUAAUUCAGUUAAUUAAUGUCAUUUUCCUACCUUUUUUUCAUACAGCAAGUGCCUGCAAGGAUCUGAGGCAUUAUAAUGGAAUGAAAAUAUGGUUAAAUGAACCAUUUGUCUGUAGCAUGGCUUGUGUUUUUUAUAGGGGACAUUUUUUUGUCUUUUUUUUUUUUGUGUUUAGAAACAAGUUUGCACAUGUUUUUAUAUAUAGUGGGUCAUAGUGUGUGGGGGUCUGUUUAUAUGUGGAUGAGCGAGUGAAAUGAGUCGUCUACUGUGCUGAUCAAUUUCCUUUUCCAUGAUGGAAAAACACAUAUAUUUUGGUCAACUUGUAUGAAAAGUAGUCAGAUAGUUGAAUUGGAUUAACUGGUUGUGUGAGGCUGAACAUCAGGCUGAACUUAGCGUUUAAAUAUUUGUAUUGAAUCAUUUAGCUUACACAAGAUCAAAUUCUUCCUGUUACCAGAAUUUUGUGUUCAAUGUAGUCUGGGUAAGAAAAACAAAACGAUUUGAUGUUCAUAUCAAGUAUUUUAAACACCAUCUACUGUAAUGCACAAAGAAAAGCACAUUAGGCCUAUAUCGUUCACAUUCUCUCGAUGCUGUACCCAGAAUAACUUAAAAAUAUAGUUUGAUUGGGAAAUACGCUUUCUCGCCACUAAUUAGAUGAGAAGAUUGCUCCCACUCUCAGGUCUUCCUUUAAGUAUGAAGCUACAGCAGAUGGUUAGCUUAGCUUAGCAUAAAGACAGAAAACAGUGUGUAAGUGUAAAAAUGUCAUUUAAUGGUUUUAUGGGAGUUAUGACACUGUUCAUUAAAUAUGCUGGCACAUAAACCCCUGUAAAACCACAACUUACACUUGGUGCUGGUAAGCAGAUUUUGUAACCUUUAAAGGGAGCCAAGCUAGCUGUUUCCCCCUAAUAUGCUAAGCUAACCAGCUGUCAGCUAAAGCUUUAAAUGAAUCCUGCAGACAUGAGAGACGUAUCAGUCUUCUUUAACUUUUCCUUUAAUAAUAAUACUACAUAUACCUUGUGCUCUUAUUCCAUAGUGUCAUUUUGUACAUUUAGUUUUUCCACACUCAGCGAGAUUCGCGUGACCAUGAGGAUUCGGGUCCCACUCUCCACUAUUUGAGUGAGUGUUUGUCACUAAGUAGAAGCUGUUGCAGUAACAUUACUCAUCCUGUUUAACGAGAAAAAAGUUUCAUGGCAACUUGCGGUUUGACGAGACUAUCUUUAGCGUUGUGUUAACCUUGGGUUUACGUGGAGUCUGCGUUGCAAUUGUAAGCAUUACCUCAAGACGUGUAGGGAAUGUUUUUGUGAGCUUGACGCGCUUCUCCUCAAGCAGUUCCCAGUGUUCAUUUGUCAGCUGUGAGACACUGAUUCUUCUGAUUUUGAUGGAAGAGGGUUAGGUCUCUCAGUGGUGUGUUUGGGUUUUGGAUCGAAAUGUGAAAUGAAAAAUCAUUUUGUGACGUCUCUGACUGGUGUUUGUGAGUUUCAGAAUUUGAAGUUAGAGCCUUAUUAUGGUUCUCUCAACAAAAAAGUGCUGACUCAGAGUGCAGGUUUCAGUAAACAUAUGGUAUGUGUGUGUGUGUGUGUGUGUGUUUGUGUGUGACUCAGAUAUGAGUGUUGUAUCAGUACUGUCCACAUCUGCAGCCUUUAACUCUCUGCUGUCUACAUGUGGUGUUGUUUAUGUUGUUUUUUUGUUUUUUUUUAACAAACCUUUGCUUUUCAUACUAUUGCUUUUUUUUUAAAUUCUGUCAUUUGCACUCAUCACAGUUUCUUCAAGACCAAAGAAGUCAUACAUUUUCUACUGGGCUCCCUUUUUUUUUUCUGUUUGGUUGUAGUGAAAUUGAAUGUGCUCUCUGGUUUUGUAAUUGAAUCUGUUCUACUCUGAGGAAAAUGUGAAGAGAGCAUUUGGAAAAAGUAAAAAAACAUUCCACAAAGAAAGUAUAAAGGACACCAAAGGCAAAGACAGAUUUUGGGCAAAAGAAAGACAUGCAAGGUGCAAAAGAAAGAGUGAAAAACCAUUGGAAGAAGUGCUUGCAGCCCCAAUCAGGUUUCAUGGUGACACUUUCGUCUCAUGUUCCAAAGCUGCAUAAUGAGUUAAAUGCCAGACAUUUCACACAAGUAGCUGUUUCUUAACAUGGAUGUGUGACCUGGUGAGCUGCAAGAGCGCUCUUUAGUUUCAGUCUCUGAAAUAACAGAUGGAGGUUUUCAGUAAGUAAUUUGUCACUUGAUUCAAGGGGACCUAAAAAUCUUAAUAAAAGUAAUGAUGGUGA